AGGAUGUAUGGGUCAUUUUGACCAGUCAUUCCCUCGCUCUGGCAUCCCACAAAUUUUUCCGCCUCCCUCCAAAAGAGAUAAUAAUAUUUAGAGCCGCUUGCUGGGGCUGAAUGAGAAUCAGCCCUGGGCACAGCCCAUCAUUAAGACGGGACAGCCAGGCCACUGUGACAUUUUUUAGAAAGCUGAGAUGAUGGAAAGAAUAAGAAAAGAGAUGAUUCUGAUGGAGAGAGGGCUCCACAGCCCUACUGCUGGCAAGAGGUUCUCCAAUUUGUCCGAUUCGGCUGGCGGUGCUGUGCUUGAGGCCCUGGAAAAUUCGCAGCACCCGGCUCGCCUCAGUCCGCGCCUGCCGUCCGCCCCGCUGCACGGAGCUCUGGGAGACCUCCCCGCCAAGGGCAAAUUCGAAAUAGACACUUUGUUCAACCUGCAGCACCCGAGCAGCGAAAGCACCGUCUCCUCCGAAAUCGCCUCCGCCACCGAGAGCCGCAAAAAGCCUAGUCAUUAUUCCGAGGCGGCCGCCGAGGCCGACAUGAGCAGCGACGUGGAGGUGGGCUGCUCUGCACUGCGCUCCCCCAGCGGCCUGGGCGCCGCACCACUCAAGGAAAACAAUGCCAAAGGGUACGCGGAGAGCGGCUCUGUCGCGGGCACCACGACGUCGGCCUCCGGCUCGGGCCUCGGCAGUCUGCAUGGAGGCGGCGGCGGCGGCAAUAGCGGGGCUGCGGCGUUGGGCAGCUCUGGCUCCGGUUCUGGUGCCGAUCAGGUGCGGCGAUACCGUACAGCAUUCACCCGCGAACAGAUCGCGCGCCUGGAGAAGGAGUUCUACAGGGAGAACUACGUGUCUCGGCCCCGCCGGUGCGAGCUGGCCGCUGCACUCAAUCUGCCCGAAACCACCAUCAAGGUGUGGUUCCAGAACCGGCGCAUGAAGGACAAACGGCAGCGCCUGGCUAUGUCGUGGCCGCAUCCAGCCGACCCCAGCUUCUACACCUACAUGAUGACACACGCGGCGGCCACCGGAAGCCUACCCUACCCUUUUCACUCGCACGUGCCUCUGCACUACUACCCGCACGUGGGCGUCACCGCGGCUGCAGCAGCGGCCGCAGCCUCGGGAGCAGCGGCAGCGGCAUCCUCGCCCUUCGCCACAUCCAUCCGUCCUCUGGACACCUUCCGAGCGCUUUCACAUCCUUAUUCGAGGCCGGAACUGCUCUGCAGCUUCCGCCACCCGGGGCUCUACCAGGCGCCAGCCGCCGCCGCGGGGCUGAACAGCGCAGCGUCGGCUGCUGCGGCAGCGGCGGCUGCAGCGGCGGCAGCCUCCUCGGCGGCGGCGGCCGGGGCGCCCCCCAGCGGUAGCUCGGCUCCCUGCUCGUGCCUCAGUUGUCACAGCAGCCAGUCUGCAGCCGCGGCCGCCGCCGCUGCAGCCGCAGCACUGGGCUCCCGGGGCGGCGGUGGCAGCGGCGGUGGUGGCGGCGGGGGAGCCGGGACGGCGGGUGGCUCAGACUUUGGCUGCAGCGCCGCGGCGCCGCGCUCCGAGAGCGGCUUCUUGCCCUAUUCGGCCGCGGUGCUCAGCAAGACCGCCGUCAGCCCUCCGGACCAGAGGGACGAGGCGCCGCUCACCAGAUAA